UUCCCGGAAAGCAAAACAAUACAGAGCUGGCACUCCCCAGACUGGAGAACUCGGUGACUGUGUGAGAGUUAUAACAGGGAGAGUUCACCAAGGAGGGGGUUAGUGCGCUGAGGUUGGAGCCGCUCCGCGGGCACAGCAGCCCGGCGGGAUGGAGGCGCUGCCUCCCGGCGCUGCACUGACCGGUGUUUUCCUCACUGUGUUGGUUGGGCUCGCUAUCCACUUGUUCGCUGACUAUGUCCGUAAAUGGAACCAGAUGAAACGGAUCCCCGGGCUCAGCCCGACCUACCCGAUCCUGGGGAAUGCACUUCUGUUCAAGCCAAGUGGAGAAGACUUUUUCCUUCAACUGAUUGAAUUUACCACUGAGUGCAGAGAUGAACCACUCAUGAAAUUAUGGUUGGGACCGCUACCCUUUGUUGUGUUGUUUCAUGCAGAGAAUGUGGAAUUGUGUGCGUGA